AUGGCAGCUCACAGACUCGCUGUCAUAAUCGAAAACCCUGCAAAGGACGAUGAGUUUCUGCUCCUCAAGCAGUCGCGCCCUCCCAAAUUCCAUGACGAAGAAUACGACUCUUUCGUCGAUUCUGAUCUCUGGGACUUGCCCUCGGCGCAGUUAAACCCGCUGCCACCAGAGUCAGAGUCACCGGUUCUGGUUGAAGUUGCGGCAUCGCAUGCUGAGGACUUCGAUCCGAGGAAAUUUGACAUCCGUUUGGCUCUCAACGAGGUGUUUGGACAACUAGGGUUUGGGGCGGUUGAAGGAGGAGGUUGGAAGUUCCAUAAGUAUGUAAAGGAAGCUGCAUUUGGACCUGAUUUGCCGGUUAACACAGUCUUCGUUGUUGGAAAAUUGGUAGCGGCUGAGGACAAAGAUUCUAGAGAUUCAUGUAGAUGGAUGUCUGUCGGAACCUGUCUUAACUGGAUUCAGGAAAUGAAACCGCAUGGAGAUCGGGUUGGACCAUUGAUCGUUGUUGGUCUCAUAAACGAAUCAUCUUUCUUUACAAAGUGGAAAGUCCCACCAGCCAUAAACUAUCAGGAGUACCCGCCUGGUGUUAUAAUUAUACCUAUGAGAAGUAGGACAUUAAAGCCUUUUCACACGACAAAUUUGGUGGUUUUUGCACCUGAAAAUGUUCAGAAUAAUUCAGAGGAAAAUAAUUUUAUUGCAAGUGGAGAUGCACUAAUAGUUGAUCCAGGAUGCCUAUCUGAAUUCCAUGGAGAGCUAGAGAAAGUUGUUAAUGCUUUGCCAAGACGACUAGUGGUCUUUCUCACACAUCAUCAUCUUGAUCAUGUUGAUGGUCUCUCAGUUAUCCAGAAGUGCAAUCCUGAUGCUAUUUUGUUAGCCCAUGAAAAGACCAUGCAUCGCAUAAGCAAAGAUAAUUGGUCACUUGGCUAUACCACAGUUGCGGGAGAUGAAGACAUUGUCAUUGGUGGUCAUAGAUUGAGAGUUAUUCAUGCACCGGGACAUACAGAUGGUCAUAUGGCACUGCUUCAUGCAACUACUCAUUCCUUGAUUGUAGGUGAUCAUUGUGUGGGUCAGGGAAGUGCUAUCUUGGAUAUAAGAGGUGGUGGAAAUAUGAUUGUAAUUCCUUUGGAUGAAACUGUCUUUUAG